GGGGUAAAGAAAAGCAAAAAGAAAAGAAGAGAAGUCGGCUUCAACUUUAGGCUUUAUGCCAACAAUUGUAUUUGCCUUUAUCUUUUUAUAAUUUUGCUGCUGCAUGCUGCUCGUCCCUAUAACACUGUCUUUAUCUCUGCCAUUUCUUUUUAGCCUUACCUUACGCAUCCACAUACAUAUACAUCGUUAUUCUAAUAUUCCACUCCCCAAACACCCUCUCACCAACUUGCUCUUCCACAUUCUUCUUUAUUUUCUUGUCAUCUUCUUCACUCACUCAAUCUCUUUCUCUGUUCAUUGAUAUAAACCCAAUCCAUCAACUUCUUUCUCUUAGACACUGACAAAAUUAAGAGAUUUAGAAUCAUGGAGAUUUUGUCACAGCUAUGGUCAUUGCUGGGCCUUCUCACUGUCCUCCAGAAUGUGCUUCCAUCUCAGCUCCUCUCUCUUCUCCAUUCCCUCUACGAGUCUCUCCAAGACGUGCUUAGCCCCUUCUCUUACAUUGAGAUUCCAGAGUUCAAUGGCUAUUGUGGCGUCGACGUCAACGACCUCUACCGCCAUGUCAAUCUCUACCUCAACUCCGUGAAUCCUUCUUCCAGCUCAUGCCGCCGACUCACUCUCUCUCGCUCCAAAUCCUCCAACCGAAUCUCCUUCACAGUCGCACCCAACCAUUCCGUCCACGACACUUUUCUCGGCCACGGACUCUCCUGGACCCACCACGUCGAAACCGUCCAGGACUCAAUCGACGAGCGCCGAAGCUUCGUUCUCAAGCUUCCGAAACGACACCGUCACGUCCUGCUCUCCCCUUACCUCGACCACGUCAUUUCACGUGCGGAGGAAUUCGAGCGCGUUUCUCGAGAGAGGCGGCUCUUCACUAACAAUGGCCAUGGCUCAUACGAGUCCGGCUGGGCCUCCGUCCCGUUUCGUCAUCCUUCCACAUUCGACACGCUUGCGUUGGAGCCCCAGUUGAAGAAGCAGAUAACGGAGGACCUAACGGCGUUUUCCGGAGGCAGGGAUUUCUACCAUAGAGUUGGACGCGCAUGGAAGCGUGGUUACCUUCUUUAUGGCCCGCCUGGAUCUGGAAAAUCGAGCUUGAUCGCCGCCAUGGCUAAUUACCUCUGCUAUGACGUCUAUGACCUCGAGCUUACGAAAGUUUCAGACAAUUCGGAGCUCCGAGCGCUGCUCAUACAGACUACGAACCGAUCCAUCAUUGUGAUAGAAGAUAUAGACUGCUCGGUGGAUCUGACGGCGGAAAGAGUAUCCAAGACGAGGAGGAGAUCUCAGCCGUCAGUUAAGGAGACCGAGGAGGAGCAGAGCGGUCGUGUGACUCUCUCUGGGCUUCUCAACUUCACCGACGGACUGUGGUCUUGCUGCGGGGAAGAGAGGAUCAUCGUCUUCACCACCAAUCACCGGGACAAUGUGGACCCCGCUUUGCUUCGCUGCGGCAGGAUGGACGUCCACGUCAGCCUCGGCACGUGCGGUCCUCACGCGUUCCGUGCUCUUGUGAAGAACUACCUGGGAUUGGAAUCCCACUCUCUGUUCGACGUGAUUGACAGCUGUAUGAGAUCCGGUGGGGCUCUGACUCCGGCUCAGGCAGGAGAAAUUCUGCUGAGAAACCGAAGCAAUGCCGAGGCGGCGAUGAAGGAGGUGGUGACGGCUAUGCAGGCGAGGAUGCUGGGAGGACGGGACCCUGCGGAGUUUGAGGAGGUGGUGGGGUGUAGGUCGCCGCAGAGCGUGUUAGUGGGAGGGUCGCCGGAGAACUGGGAGUUGUCGUCGCCGGGGAAGAAGAGAAAGGAAGGAUCGUCGUCGACGACGACGUGGGAUAGGAAGGUGAAGUUUCUGGUGAGACUAAAGUCUUUGACCAAGUCUGACUCCGGAAGAAGAGGUGUUUGACUAGUUGUGAUUUGUUACUGUUUGUCCUCCUGAAAUGGAGAAAUUUUGGGGUUUUGGGUUUUUCAACUAAUUUUAACCCUUUGACCUUUUGGGAGGUGAAUGAUGUUAAAAUAGUAAAUCGUCAUAGUAGUGUAUGAUGUAAUUGUGGCUAUCAAUAACAAUUUUCCAUUUGUCAAGCAA